AUGGAUAAGGCUGCAAAGCUUACCAAACGGUCAAAGAGGCAGUCUGUGAAGAAGGUGGUUCAUUACAUCAAAAUGUUUGCCAUUGACGACCUGAAGGCUUCUACCAUUGAUGAGCUGCUUGCACAAAACGUGGAUGCAAAAGCUAUCAUUCUCUCCGACGGUUCCUCCUCACAUGUGAACUUGGACAAGAACUUUGCUAAGCAUAUUCCAAUCGUAGAGAAGGGAAACGUGGACGAAGUGGUAAAGAAGGGACUACCUUGGGUACAUAUAAUAAUA